AUGCCAGGCUUCAGUGGUGGGGGGAUUGGGGCAGGCGUUGGGGGGCCUGCUUCAGCUCCUCCCCGUCCAUUUCGUCCCAGCCGAUAUGUCCCCGUUUCGGCUGCCACCUUAUUCCUUGUUGGGUCCACCACUCUCUUUUUUUGUUUUACGUGUCCUUGGUUGAGUGAACAGAUUUCGUUUGUGGUUCCCAUCUACGUUGCUGUUAUGUUUCUUUUCACCCUCGCCAACUUCUGCAUGGCCACUUUUAUGGACCCUGGCAUUUUCCCCAGAGCGGAGGAAGAUGAAGAUAAAGAGGAUGACUUCCGUGCACCACUCUAUAAGACUGUAGAGAUCAAGGGCAUUCAGGUUCGCAUGAAGUGGUGCUCAACCUGCCGUUUCUAUCGUCCUCCGAGAUGUUCGCACUGUUCAGUGUGUGAUAACUGUGUUGAGGAUUUCGAUCACCACUGCCCUUGGGUUAACAACUGCAUCGGGAGAAGAAACUAUAGAUAUUUUUUUCUAUUUUUGGUUUCACUUACAACUCAUAUCAUAAAUGUUUUUGGAUUUGGGUUAGUUUACGUUUUACACCAUCGCGAUGAGCUGGAUACGCCUCAUUCAGCUGUUACUAUGGCUGUGAUGUGUGUUGCUGGAUUAUUUUUUGUGCCAGUUGCAGGUUUGACUGGAUUCCACAUUGUUCUGGUGUCUCGUGGGAGAACUACAAAUGAACAGGUCACUGGAAAGUUUCGAGGAGGUGUUAAUCCUUUCACUAAUGGCUGUAUGAGGAACAUUACAUAUGUGCUUUGUAGAUCUCAAGCCCCACGAUAUCUGGGUCGUGCACAUUGUCCACAAGAAUUGGAUAUACAACCUCCCUUUCUUAGACCAUCUCUUACUGAAGCCCAGCUUGAGGCAAAGGUCCUUGACAAUGGGAUACAGAAUGACAGGCAUAGAUCUCAGUCCAAAAGUAGUUCAGAUCCAAUAGAGAGCCAGUCAGCUGAUGCCGAACCCCCACCUCCUCCAAAGCCAGAUUUUCGGUAUCCUGGUCUUCCCCGUGCUGACACAGAGGAGAGUAGUUUGCUGACAGAAGCGCCACCCACUCCUUCAAUGUUCAAGUAUAGACCUGCAACCAACAGCCCUGGGAGGAAUCACAUUACUCACCAAAACAAGAUGAUUCGUGGUGAAAGUUUGGGCUCUCCUUCACCAACUAUCCUCCAGUCCAGUCGUCAUCCAAGCUACCGCUCUGAGCCAAGCAGUCUGGAUGGGGCCACAGUGGUGGGGGGAGGUGCAGGUGUGCGCAGAGGGGGAGGGGACAGAGGUGAGGGUCCUGGGAGCUCCGGCCUCCCUGCUGGUGGAGCCUCUGGCUACUCUCUGACUGGGCGCUCCUACACCUCCUACCCAUCGUCUCUGGUCCUGUCCACGGGCUCGCAUUCUUCCAGUCUCCGCUCCGCACACACAGCUCACAACCCUUUGGCCACCCUGCAGUCAGAAGGCACCACAGACACCAGCUACAAAAGCCUGGCCAAUCAGACUCCUCGCAACGGCAGCUUAUCCUACGAUAGUCUGCUCACCCCUUCUGAGAGCCCAGAGUUUGAGUCUGCCGCUCAUGAGUUGUCUCCACAGAAACCUUUUCAACCCUCGGGGGUCAUGCUCAGAGGACAGACUGAGAUGGUGUCCCCUGGGUGCCCCUUGCAAGGUUACACGUCCCCGUUUCUCUCGGCUCAAAUAGCCCAGCAGAGGGAAGGCCAGCUGCUCCAGGGCUCCGCCACUUUCUCUUCCCCCCACCGAGCCUACCUGCGUGCAGUCAGCCCCACCCCUCCCUCCUCCUUUGGGCCCACAGAAGUCCACCCGCUCAUUCACCAUCGUCAUCACCAGGACACUCGAGUCCUCCGCACACCCUCCUCCUCCUCGCCAGGGGUCCAUUCAUUAGACCCUCCUGUGUCCCCACCGCCUCGCAGCCUUUCCCUCGCCAAGUCCCAGGCCUCUCACACCGAGGGGGGGCACACGCACAAGCCUCGUCCCCCUGUGGGAGGUGGCACAGUGGGAGGUCACCAGGCUCCACUAUCUGGCUCCCGCUCAUUCAACCACACCUCAUCAAAGCCUGGAGUGAAGAAGGUCACCGGUGUGGGAGGGACCACGUACGAGAUCUCAGUUUAA